GAGUCGUAUCAUGGUUCUCAUUGCAGGAUGUGUUUCUUGGGUUUAUGCAUUUGCCAGGUCUCUUGUGCGAAGGAAGCCCACGGUGCCCUACUGGCUGGUUUGCUUCAUCCUACUAAACUUGAUAGCCUCCUUCUUCGGCAUCUUUGAAUCAUUGUCCAGCUACCCUACACACCCAGCCCUCAUAUCGAUUUACGCCAUUUCCGUCUCAAGCAUGCUAAUCAUGCUUGCUAUCCUUGCUACAUACCCCAUGCAACACAUCUUGCCAGCUCCCAAUGUUGCGCUUGUGGGGGCAUUCCUUCCAGCAAACUUUCGUCCCCCGAAGACUCCGUAACUUUGUGGAAUUGGAUCACUUUCAAUUUCAUGGAGCCCAUUUUUCAGCUGGCUUCCAAACGUACUUUGCGAAGUGAAGACGUAUGGGACCUCCCACCCACGUUUAAGCACGCCAAUAUCUUUGGUAAAUACCUCGAGGUCCAGAAGGAACAUCCCAAAAGCCUCCUCUGGUCUCUUUUGUCCUCAAAUUCGUUAGAUCUUUUCAUCGAUAUUGUUCUGAAGCUGUGGAAUUCCGUGGCAGGUUUUGUGCCGGCUUACUGUCUCAGCAGGAUACUUGGUUCUCUUGAGGACCACUCGCCGGGAAAUAAGCACUACGAUGCUUACAAGUUUGCCUUUAUCACAUUUUUGGUGCAUAUGUUAUCUGCUCAGUCAGAGCUGUUCCGUAAGUGGCACUCCAGACGUGCUUAUGAGCGGACUAGAGGCCUGUUGUUCUGUAUGUUGCAUCGGAAAGCGCUCAAGGGAAAUGAUUCAAGGGGGAUAAUCUCUGAGAGCAGCGAGAACGGUGUUGAUGUGGGAUCAGAGGUUGGGGGUGACAGAACUCACUUGGGAGAGAACAGCGCAGCUGAGAGUCAGAGUACCAGAAUUGGGAGGAUUACAAACUUAAUCUCAGGUGAUUCUGAAGCUGUCGCCCAACGUUUCUGGGGAUUCUCUUCCGUCCUCGCUGCACUUGUGAGCCUUGCUAUCGCUUUUGGGUUUCUCUACAGUGAACUAGGAUGGUCAUCUUUUAUGGGUGUCCUUGUUGUGCUUUUAGCAUACAUUAUCAUAUGGCCUCUGGCAAAGUGGAAUAUCGCGAUUACGAAAUCAUCCUGGGAAGCAAGAGAUUAUCGUAUGUCUCUUGUCAAUGAGCUCAUCCAAUCUAUUCGUUCCCUCAAGUUCACGGGAGGGGAAUCACACUGGACGCAAAAAAUCAAAGAUGCUCGAGAAAUAGAGCUGUCAUGGAGAGUAAAAGAAUACAUAGUUUCAACCAUAUCACGUUUCAUCUGGGCUUGGCUACCGAGUGCGGCUGCACUCGCUGCAUUCUACUCGUACACCAUGCUUGCUAGGGAGCCCCUCACUGUGUCGAAGGCCUUUGUCUCGAUAUCGCUACUUUCUCGGUUGCGAUGGCCAAUGGAGGAGCUGCGAAGUCAGAUUUUCGCGCUUUUGGAAGCGUCUGUCUCUCUGCGGCGAAUUGAAUCGUAUCUUCAAGAAGGGGAAGUUGAAGACUGGGCCACAACGCUGAAGCGCGAGGAGUGCCAGACAUCGUACAGCCAGAUGGAAGCUUCCAAAGCUUGGAUUAGAAAUGGAACAUUCGCUUGGCAUGCUGGUGGACGUCAGGAUGGUCAAGUAACUUUCAACACCCCUGAUUCAUUCAUUCUGAGCGACAUCUCUGUGGAUUUCCCCCCUGGUACACUUUCCUUGGUCACUGGGCCCACUGGUUCUGGGAAAUCGUCCUUGCUUUCUGCGCUUCUUGGCGAGAUGGAUCGUAUGUCGGGCACUUUGCACCUCAUGAAAGGGAACAGAAACGUCUCUUAUGCUGGUCAAUUUCCUUUCCUUGAAAAUGCCACCAUACGAGACACCAUUGUAUAUCAUCAACCAUUCGAGGUGACCCGUUAUAACGAAGUCCUGGAAGCUUGCGCGUUGCUACCUGAUUUACGGAUUCUUGAUGCUCGGGACCAGACAGAGAUUGGAGAGAAGGGCGUGUCCUUAUCGGGAGGUCAGAGGGCAAGGGUUGCUUUGGCACGGGCCAUAUACGCGCCAAGCAAGGUGGUUCUCUUAGAUGACCCCCUAGCUGCAGUAGACAUGCAUACUGCACGUCACCUCUUCAAUCAUUGCCUUAAUCCCAGAGCCAAGCUCACGCACGGCCGAACAAUAAUUCUUGUCACGCACCACGUAUCGCUUUGCCUUCCCGCUGCUUCAUACCUUGUUGAACUUGGGGGUGGUCAGGUUAUUAAGCAGGGUCCAGUUGAGGAACUCCGGCAGUCGGGUAUUCUGGACGUCGUGGGAGAAGAUGAUCCAAGCGUGACUCCCCGCGAGGAUCCCCCCUCUUCGGUAGCGGAUGACAGCUCAGAGACAGUAUAUGGAGAUGAAAACGAGGUCAGCUUCGGCUCCGGAACGCCCGUUGACGAGGAAACGCAUGCGGAGGGAAGAGUUUCGACGCAGACAUAUCUGUUGUACAUUAGAUCAGCAGGCUGGCUGUCGUGGGCUCUUACGUUCUUACUAGUGGCAUUUAUACGCGCAGUUGGGUUUGCAGAACAAUUAUACAUCGCCAAAUGGGCGGACGCUUAUCGGGACACAACGGACAGGCUGGACUACGUCAUCAAGCAGAUAGGGUUUGGUCUUCUGACCCUCCCGUCUCCUUCGAGCAACCCCUUACCAUGGUUACUUCUGUAUCUCACGAUCACUCUUGCCGGGGCUCUGGCGGUUCUUUUGAACGUCAUUGUUGGGUACUGGGGGGGGCUCCAAGCAUCUCGAUCGCUUUUCAUCUCCAUGCUGGACGGGGUUGUGCGUGCUCCAACUCGAACAUUUGACAAGACUCCAAUAGGGCGGAUUCUCAAUAGGUUCGUUGCAGACGUAGGCACCGUUGAUGACGCUUUAAACGAGUCCUCGCGAAACGCUCUCCGUGGAACGCUGGUAUUCAUCAUAUCUUUUUUGAUUAUGGUAUUCAGUGUCCCGCGUUUCACACUGUUGGCCAUGUUCAUCGCCUUCUUGUAUAUUCGCAUCGCGCCUCCUUUUGUCCGUGCGGCAAGGGACCUCCGACGACUAAAAUCCAUCAGCCUCUCGCCAGUUUUUGCAGGGUUUGAUGAACUUUUACAUGGCCUUCCUCAUGUGAGGGCAUAUGCUACUGAGCUAAUAUACCAAAAUCGGUUCUACUCACGCGUCGACAAGUUUCAAACCAUGGACCAUGUAUACUGGCUGGCUCAAAUGUGGAUCAAAUGGAGAUACGAUGUUUUAGGGUCUUUCGUCGUGCUUCUCGCGACGCUGUUCGCACUGAUCAGUGGACUACACGAAGGUUCGGUAGCCAUCGUGAACCAUCAGGCAAUCCUUUUUGCUGAGGCUUCAAUGGAGCUUGUGGAGGUACUCGCACGAGCCGAGAUGGACUUCAAUUCUGUGGAGCGCAUCAAGGAUUAUCUAGAGCUAGAUCAAGAAGCGCUUGCUCACAACCCGUGAUCAAGGUGGUAUUUACAUUGCCCACGCUGCCUGGUUUUGGCGUCCAUGGAGUCUGGCAAGCAUGUGCAGUGCAGUGUGGGAACUGCGCGAAGGAUGAAAUGAAAUUAUAUUGUAUAUGUAGACGUCAUAUGAUCCUUGUCUAAAUAUGUCAACUACAUAUAUAUAUAUGGAAACUGCCGAUGCUUAA